GACACAACAACAAGUGCCUGGUGGUUGCAAUUUGGGAAUGAGGUAGUGGGUUACUGGCCAACCUCCUUGUUUUCAUACCUUGCUGACAGUGCUUCAAAAAUUGAGUGGGGAGGAGAGGUGCUGAACUAUGCGUCAGGUGGGCAACACACCACCACCCAAAUGGGGAGUGGUCAUUUCCCCAAAGAAGGGUUUGGAAAAGCUAGUUACAUCAAGAACAUCCAGAUAGUAGAUGGUUCCAACAAUCUAAUAGCUCCUAUAGGUGUUAGCACUUUUGCUCCGCAAUCCAAUUGCUACAAUGUUCGAAUGGGCAAUAAUAAUGUCUGGGGCAACUACAUUUACUAUGGUGGUCCUGGUAGAAACCCUAAUUGCCCAUGA